ACCUUAUGAAUAAAUUCAAGACAGCCCACGGUUUACAUAACACGAGAUUCUACCGGACAAUGGUGUAUAAAUUUGAUCGAUUUCAAACAACAUAUCACAUAUAGCAUGAUGAACGAGAACGUUUCUAAAAUAUUACUAUAAAAGGAUGACUGCUGUUUCUGGUUUAAUGUUCCUCUUCCUUCUUUGGUGUCUGUUCUGUUUUGGUCAUCACUAUAUUCAUGCUGAUCAGAAACCUGGAACUCUAUCUUGGGGAUUGAUGUACAAGUAUGAUCUAUGGUUCUUUGAAAUGUCGAUGCUUCAAAGUCUUCUGGAAGCCUUCAUCUCAGGAAUCGCUUUUAAACUUAGUGGUAAAUCCUUACAGAUAUUUUCAUUUGAUGGUAAAAUGUUGAUGAUGGUAACUUUGUCCCAUCUGGCGGGAACAAUCUGCUCAAAUGCAGCUAUUUUUAUUCACAGUGUGAGCAUUCAAAAUAUUUUCUCCUGUUUUGAGCCCAUCAUGGUGUACAUCUUAGUCUUUUUUCUUGACAACCAAAUGAAGAACACUAAAGCCAUCCUUUUUAGCCUAACUCUUCUCAGUCUUUCUCCUUUUUUACAUGCCAUACGGCGCAUGCGCUGUGACAAUCUUUCAUUCACCAACUCAUCCAUCAUUCUAGGAAUUAUUCCACUAAUUACGCGACCUUUAAGGAAUAUCUACUUUAAAGCACUCAGCGAUGGCAAAGAACAAUUUGUACAAAAAUGCUUUUUGGUUUCCUUUAUAUCUUUUUUAAUUACCUUACCACUUGUUCUAGUAAAGUUAGCUUAUACUUGGACUUUUCCUUCGUUAAAACUAGAAAUGGUUCUCAAAGAAACAUCGUUUCACCUUUUUAACAACUCAAUUUCGCUGUUUUUUCUGGAGAAAUUUUCACCUUUGUUUCAAUCAUUUCUUGGGUCGCUCAUAAGAUAUUUUGUUGUAAUAAUAACGUUUAAUCCAUCAGAUCGUUGCUUUCUAUUUUCAAUUAUAACAAUUCCGCUGUUUCUUGUUGGUGUUAGUAUAUUUUUCAUGAAAUGGGAAGGCAACUCGAAAGCGAACGAGAUACGAAAACAUGUAGUGAAAUAUUCUGUUCUCCUUAAUGUCGUCUUCGGUUUUUACACUGUUUGGAAUGGGACAUGGAAAGUGAACAUUGAUGCAACAAAACUAUAUCCUCAAAGUUACUUUAGUGGAUUACUGCCCGCGAACAAUUUUCGACAUCUUGACCAACGAAAUGGAAAGCUUACCUUUCAUGCAAUAUUCACAACUUCCCCACAAAAUUUUAUUAAAGUAAUGGACGAAAGAGGCGGCAAGUCAAAAGUGCCAGGAGAGUUCAAUUGGCGUCAUUGGCGCUGUGUGGAGUCUGUGUUUUAUCAUCAUCCCAACGCGACCAUGAUUAUCUAUAGUAAUACCCUGCAUUUGUCCAUGCUUGAUGUCUUGAGAAAGAAAGGCUAUGAUGCAUACGUACAACGUUACAAACUAUCAGAUCUGGCACAAGGAACGUCAGCCGUAGAAUUCAUACGAGACGAGCUACCUUACGCCAUGGAAGGACAAAAUUGGUAUAGCCAUGAAACGGACCUAAUCCGAUUACUUCUGUUAUAUAAAUACGGCGGCAUUUAUAUCGAUACUGACGUCAUAAUAGUGAAAGACUGGCACGACCUACCCUCAAAUGUUAUUGGCUGGGAAAGCUCAGAUACUCUGAAUGGAGCAAUUUUGAAAUUCGACAAACCAUAUCAUCCCUUUCUACAGAUGUGCAUUGAGCAAUUUUCGCGACACUAUUCCCAGGCCUGGGCAGAAAACGGUCCUUUAUUGUUGAGCCGCGUUUAUCAACAAUGGUCAGCAGCAAACCGUAGCAAUGACGUCAUAUUAGUAAACAGCAACGUGUUUUAUAUGUUUUUUUAUGGAACGAUUGCAAAAGAAUGCUUUGAAGUGACUUUCGGAGCAAUUUACAACGCAAAGAUGAAGAUAUUGGAGGACGACGCUUACGCUGUGCAUUUGUAUUCUAAAAUGACGGGUGACUAUGGCAUCAAAGGGGGGGAAAUAAUUAAGAAUGGGACAAUAUGCGAAUAUUUAUUGAGUAGAUUUUGUGUUUUAUGCCAUGAAAGUUAGAAAAGCUGUUAUUACACUGAAAAUACUGUAUCCUGAUUGGCAGAAAAGCAUUGAAGGCCAAACAAUAAACUUCUUUUCAAUUCAAAAAUAGAAAUGGCGGCAGUUGAAAGUCAACAAAGAUUUCGUAAAAUUGCAAUCGUUUGAAAUUCAAGAAUCACAAAGAACGCAAAGAAUAAAAACAAAGCAAUAUGCACUUUUUUAAGAGUGUAUGAUUUUAACAUUUAGGCCGCGUGUCGAUGCUUUUCUAACGCGAUAGAUAGCGAGACAAGGUUAGACAGUACAGUCAAGACAGAUUUUAAACAGGAGCGUAACUAGAACGUUAAUUGGAAGGGGGGUGUAUUCAUAUAGUUAGUUGUGCCUUUAUAAUAUGUAGGAUUUCUAGUCCGUUGCCUAUUGCCUCAAAACAUUUACUUUCGUAGCCACCAUCAGGAUGCUAAAUUUUAUGAACGGCAUUCUAUAGUUUUUGACAUGCUGAAUUCGAAUUUCUUUGUUCCCACUCAACAAAACCCGUAGUUUUUUAGAAUUUUGACGAUGAAGAUCGUUCCCAUUUUGCUGUUUAGGCGACCAUCUUUUACAUGAAGUACUUCACAUACCGCUGUUAUUUUGAGCAAAGUCAUAUUACCGUUCAUAAAAUUUAGCACCGCGAUGGUGGCUACGAAACUUUAUUUCUAAGGACAUUUUUAUUACACAGGCAACGGACUAUUCUAAAGAAAUAAGUCAGUUACACCUGAAUAUAUCAAUACACACCCUCCCCCCCUUCCCAAUUAAAGUUCUAUUAAUGGCUCUGAUCUCAAAGUUUAUUAUUAACUGAACCGAUAUAGAUAACUUUACUUUUAAGAAUGCUUAUGUUUACUAUGACAACAAAGACUUUGAAUUAUAUUUAUUCAAUUUGUCUUAUAGCAACAACUUAUAAUUACACUGGUCAACAAAAA